GCGAUUACAUACGGACGCGUUGACAAGUUUUAAUUUUGUUUUCAUAAUUUAGUUUCAAAUAAUAGUCAUAACGUUGUUCGAACUAUAAUAAAACCCUUGAUAUUGUGUUUUCAAAUUUAAUAGAUUAUGCUGUAGAUAUACAAUAAUAAGGGCAUUAUGAAUAAUGACCAGCUAUACCGGGCCGAGUGAUAAAAGUACACUGUAAAAGCGUAUAAAGUUCAGUUGUGCAUUGGAAGCGAACACGAACGGACGCAUCGAACGCUGUCGCAAUUUGAUAAUUUUACUUAGUUAGAUAUACACUUUAAACUGUUGAUAUUGUAAAUUUAAGUAAUUAAUUAUGGAUGAAUCAAAGUUCAACGAUAUGAAUACUCGAUUCGACGAAAAAAUUACUGAGUUAAUGUUACUAAAAGGACAAAAUACUCAGUUUUUCACCACCGAAACUUAUUCACAGAUGAUUGAAAAGGGUGAAGUCUUUGAAGGCAAAAAUCUCGCAUAAAAAACCAGAAGAUUAUCAGCGAUUGCGAAGAUACGAUGUCAUGACUGUUAAUGAAAUGGAAAAACUAAUUGUCCCGGUCAAAGACAAUAGAAUAAGAUACUAUGUGAAAAAUAGCGAAAUAUUCCGGAUUUUGCAUGAUACCCAUCUGACAUUAGGGCAUGGUGGAAAAAACCGGAUGGAGAAAGAGUUAAAUGUGCGCUUUAAAAAUAUUACUAGAGAGAUGAUCAUCAUUUAUUUAAACUUAUGUGAUGGCUGUGAAAAGAAACGCAGCGUUCCAAAAAAAAGACUAAUAGCCAUUAGUCCCUUUUUUGACCAAACCAAACCAAAAAGUGAAAGGGAAGACAUAAACUCGGCUGAAGAAUCAUUUCAAGAAGAGGAUUACGACAACGACGAGGAACCUUUUGAUAUAAGAACUCAAUACAUUCAACUUCCAGAAGAAACCGAUGAUUCACCAGAAAGAACCAAGAGCCCUGAAGAACAGAAAGUCUCUGCGGCUACAAGCAAGGAGGAAGACGAAUACGAUCUUUUUGGUCGCUCUAUGACCAUGCAAUUAAGAAAAAUGCCAGAAUUAGUAGCAUUACAUUUAAUGCAGAAAAUGCAACAGAUGGUAUUCAACGCGAAGAAACAGCUAAUCAAAGCGAAGAACAAGACAAAAGUCAGAGUGCCUCCGCCCGAGACGCACAACAAUCUACAAAGCAAGAAGAGAGUUAUAUCACCGUCUCCUAUGCCGCAUAAGUCUUCUUCCCAGUCUACUCCUAUGUACAAAUUUGAAACUAUUAGCCCUGAUGAUACAGGUGCGGAGGACAAUACCGAUAAAUUUUUUUAUGAGUAUAUGAUCACUGCAGAAGAAGAAAAACGUGCUUCUCAAGAGCUAGCAAGUGAAAAUUUAAAGCAACAGUUGAAACGAAAAGGCUUAAAGUCGAUUGACCCUCUAGAAGUGAAACGCAGUAAAGAUUAACAAUGUUCUCUUUAUACUUAAUAAACGCCAUACUUAGGUAUUAUAAUUAAAUACAUUUUGUUCAAGAA